AGCAUUCAUCCGUCUUCUGAGCUCUUUUGCUCAACCAUCGUCUCGUAAAUAGUCAAUGUUCCAAAAGUGGCGUUUGGAAACCAUGACGCCGGAAGAAGCGACUAAACGAGCAAAGGGGUCCUCCCGCACAGCACUUUCAUUUCUGACUGCAGUCAAACUGGAGACAAAUACGGAGAAAAAAAGCAAGGAUAUUCGAGUCAAUGAGCCACUCUCAAAACUCGAGUUGCUCCGAAUUGAAACUUCCGAUACGUUGUGCUCUUCGAAAGAGAACUCUCUGUUGCUCACCUCGUCUGACAUCUCCAGGGACCCUUCAAAAUCACCGUUAAAUUCGUUGAACAGGAAGAAAUUGAGCGCACCUCGCCUCGAAAAAACGAAAAGUGACGACAUGGUGUUCGCAGAGAUUGAAGCGUUGACAGUGAUGGAAAACAAUUUGUUUUGCUCGUUGAGAAACUCUUCAAAACGUCGUUGCGAAGCAAUGGAUAAAUACGAUAGACUGUCAAAACUGGGUGAAGGUUCAUAUGGAGUUGUAUAUAAAUGUAAAAAUAGGGAUACUGGACAAAUUGUGGCAAUCAAAAAGUUUGUGGAAACUGAAGAUGAUCCGCAUAUUAAGAAAAUUGCGCUACGGGAAAUCAGAAUGCUGAAGCAACUGAAACAUCAAAAUUUGGUUGGAUUGAUUGAAGUGUUCAAACGGAACCGGAAACUUCAUCUCGUCUUUGAACUUUGUGAUCGAACUGUACUUCACGAGUUGGAGAAGAAUCCGCAUGGAGUUAACGAUGAACUCAUAAAGAAAAUAAUUUAUCAAUUGCUAGAAGCUCUUAAAUUCUGUCACAGUCACAAAUGUAUUCAUCGAGAUGUGAAACCGGAAAACAUUUUCUUGACACGGAAUGAUCAAGUGAAACUUGGAGAUUUCGGAUUUGCUCGAAUAAUAAACACGACGGAAAUGUAUACUGACUAUGUGGCAACUCGUUGGUACCGUAGUCCAGAACUUCUGGUCGGUGAUGUUCAAUAUGGGCCACCUGUAGACAUUUGGGCUGUAGGAUGUGUAUAUGCGGAGCUGUUGACUGGCGAAGCUCUAUGGCCGGGAAGAAGUGAUAUCGAUCAGUUAUAUCAUAUUCGAAAAACUUUAGGGGAAUUUUUACCUCGUCAUAUUUCAAUUUUCCGCACAAAUCAAUUUUUCUUUGGACUUUCAAUUCCUGAACCGGAGCAUCUUGAACCUCUACCCUCUAAGCUCCCAAAUGCGAGCAGUGCACAGCUCGAUUUUCUACAGAAGUGCUUCGAAAUGUCUCCAGAUCGACGCUUCUCAUGUAGUGAGCUUAUGCUGCAUGGAAUCUUUUCGAAUUGGAUAUUACGGAUACGACAGGAUGAGAGUACACCAACUGGGCUCACUUCAAAAAGAAGCCCCAACUACCUACCACUUCUGAAUGGAAAUUCGAACAAUUUGGUUUCAAAAAAUUUCAGUUUGCAAGGAGGAAAUCAUGGGAAUAACAAUAACAAUGGGAACGGCAUUAAUCGAAAUUUUCUUCCAACAAUUUCUUAAAAUUUUGUUCACUAGUUUCAUGGUCAUAUUGUUCAUUAUGAUAAAACUUAUUGCUGGAAUCAA